GCUUAUUCAAACAAACACUGUGACGUCAGGACACGCAAUGGCUGCUAGUGGCACAGCUGUAACGGUUCUCACUCCCAAUGGGAGAAGGCAAACAGUUAAAGUGGCUCCAAACACGCCGUUACUGCAGGUGCUGGAGGAAGUCUGCAAGAAGCACGGAUUUGACCCAGAAGAUCACGGUUUAAAGUUUCAGAGGACUAUUGUUGACCUGACGCGGCCAUGGAGGUUUGCAAACCUGCCCAACAACGCCAAACUGGAAAUGGUGACGAGUACGAGGAAACAAGUUAUAGCUGACAGCCAGGUGCGGAUUGCACUACAGAUGGAGGACGGCUCUCGGCUCCAGGGUUCGUUCUCCUGUGGACAGACUCUGUGGGAAGUGCUCACACAUUUUCCAGAAAUCAGUGUGUUGGAGCUAUCCGACUCAGGAUCCACUCCUGUGUGUGUUUACAUGAGAGAUGAGGUGAGUGGCGAAGAAGAACUAAAGAAGGCCUCUUUGAAGUCUCUAGGUCUUACCGGAGGAAGUGCCAUUGUCAGGUUUUUACUCAAAAAGGAAAAAAACUCGGAAGAAAAAGCUGAAAUGGAUACACCCGCUAUGCCAACUACGCCCAUUGCCAUGGAAACCACACCCAGUUCAUCCCCGCAGCCGGAUCCCGCUCCAUCGGUUCCAGAAAUGUCAGCAACAGAUGUGCCAAGCCCAGAUAAGCCGGCGGAAACCCAAACUGUGCCAUCUUCUGCCACUUCUACAAUCACACUACCCGUUCAACAAGAAGACCCUCCAAACCUCCAGGAUGCCGUUCGACCUAAAGACCCUCCCACAGGAAGUCAAACACCAGAGGACGAUGGUGAAAAAGCGGGGCCGUCAGGACUAAACUGCCACCCAUCAUCUCCGACUUCUUCAGCUCCUUUCAUUCCUUUCUCCGGAGGUGGUCAGCGCCUCGGCGGUCCAGCUGGAGGAGUUGCACGUUCCCUCUCUUCAUCAUCAUCCUCAUCUCUGUCAGCGCUGACCGCUGCUGUUGAGUCACCCAAAGCCAAGAAAGCCAAAUCCAACCACGGUUCAAGCACAAAGUGUAAAACCACUACCAAGGUGCAGCAUGAUAGUAUGGGUGAUGCGGAGGAGUUCUUAGAGCCAGUGGAGAGGGAGCCUCUCAUCUACCACCUGGACUCCACAUCCCAUCAGUCUGAGGACUACGGGGAUCUGCCCGACGAGUUCUUUGAAGUGACCGUGGAUGAUGUGCGGAAGCGCUUUGCCCAGCUGAAGAGCGAGAGGAAGUUUUUGGAGGAGGCUCCGCUUAUGACUAAAUCUCUGAGAGAAUCACAGAUAAAGGAGAAGAUGGAUAGAUAUCCCAAAGUGGUCCUGAGGGUCCAGUUUCCAGACAGAUAUGUUCUACAGGGCUUCUUCCGGCCUCUAGAGACAGUUGAUGCUCUGAGGCACUUUGUAAGGAGUCACUUGGAGGACCCUCAGCUCAGUUUCUACCUGUUCAUUACCCCUCCAAAAACUAUUCUGGAUGACCCUUCAGCUACGCUUUUCCAGGCCGACCUGUUUCCUGGUGCGCUCGUGUACUUCGGCUCUGAUGUCAAGACAGAUUUUUACAUGAAGAGAGAACUGCUCGAAUCCCCCGUCUCAGCCGUACAAGCAAACGAGUCCAUUGCAAGCUGCAUGCUCCAGUCCUCAACUCCCUCCUCGAGCUCUGGUGGCUUCAGGGAGCCGCUGCCUCCCCCAGAGCCUACAGUGGAAGCCAGCGGAUCCACACAAAACGAGGAAGACCCAUUGACACAAACCCAGGCCGCCAAACCUGCCAGAUCUGACCCGGGCAAGGUGCCUAAAUGGCUCAAACUUCCAGGUAAGAAGUAAAGCUUCUGCUGUGCUGAGGACCCACCAUGACAGACUGAUGCAACUUAAAUGUUCGCUAUGCUUCACUAGAGGCUCGGCUUUGUGACCUGCAGUGGAUUUAAUCCAUCAGAGCUGAAGCCGGGGUUUUAAAAUGGUUAAAAUAAAGAUUGAAAUGAUUGAAUGCGUUAAUUGUCAAGAAGAUCGGUGUGUUUGAUUCCUGCUGAGAGAAAAGUGUAGUGCAAAGUGAAUAAAGAUUGAUGAACAAAUGUGUCUGUUGUAUUGAAUUUGAAUUAUGCUAGCACUUAAUCACAUGGUGCCACAUCUAGGUAAGUUUGAUCAGGAUCUGCAGUUAACAUUUUCACCAUCACCAGGGUAAAGGCUGAAUAUUAUAAUAUUUCUCUUGUUUAUUUAUUCGUUGCUGUCUACUAUUCAUAUUUUAUUCCAGUAAAGUUGGUGUGGAGCACCCACAAUUUUCUUGUGCAUGUACAGUGACAAGGGUUGUUCUAUUCUACAGUUUGGAAAUGCCACGAAGUAUUGGAUUUUGGCAUUCAGAGAAGCAGAAUAAGGAGACAACAUAGGUUUGUGUUGUCAGUGCACCAUCUAUCAAAGUUGCUACCCCCAAACACAACAAGAAAAACAGCUUUGAUGAUUCUCCAUCUGCUUGCAUUACACUGCAGCCCUCCUCACAGCAGGCUUAGCAGAUAACAGGUGCUGUUUUAAAGGUGAAACGUCCCUGGAGGCUUAAAGACCUUUAGCAGGAAAAGCACAGGUGAGACAAAUUUCAUUAACGACCGCCCAUUUUAUGUAAGCGUCCCAGUGAGCUGCGCACUCCACAACCUGGAUCACUUUAGUGGUUUAGCAGUCAUUCUUAACUGUGUUUCUCCUGCUGAGGUAAACUGUUGAAUGUGUCUAGGGAGGGAAAAUUUGGGGCAGUUUCUGCAGUCAGAAAAUCGAUGGACUAUUGAAACUUUCUCAGCACAUGCCGUCAAGGGAAAGGAAGGACAACUAUUUCACCUUGCAGAAG